AUGGAGGGCCUCUUUUUUAAUGUUAAUGGCGGCUACGUCGAGGGCAUUGUUCGGGGGUAUCGGAACAGCCUUCUGAGCGGCCAGAACUACAACAACUUGACACAAUGCGAAACUAUUGACGAUGUGAAGCUGCAGCUGGGCCCAGCCUACGGCGACUUUCUUGCCGCUCUCCCCCCGAACCCCUCCACCUCUGCCCUCGCAGGCAAGAUGACCGACAAGAUGGUCUCUGAAUUCCGGUACCUCAUCGCCCAGUCCGUCGGCUCGACUGCCAAAUUUCUCGAGUACUUGACAUACGGCUACAUGAUUGACAACAUCGCCCUCUUGAUCACCGGUACCCUGCACGAGCGAGACACUCGGGAACUCCUGGAGCGAUGCCACCCGCUCGGCUGGUUCGAGACUCUUCCGGUGUUGUGUGUUGCAACCAACAUCGAGGAGCUGUACAACUCGGUGCUGAUCGAGACCCCCCUCGCCGCGUAUUUCAAAGGCAGCCUCAGCCACCAGGAUCUGGAUGAACUGAACAUUGAGAUCGUCCGCAACACUCUGUACAAAAACUACCUGGAGGACUUCUAUAACUUUGUAAACUCCCACCCGGAUUUCGCUGGUCCGACCCAGGAAGUCAUGUCGGAGAUUCUGCAAUUUGAGGCUGACCGCCGCUCCAUCAACAUCACCCUCAACUCCUUCGGCACGGAGCUCUCCAAGCAAGAGCGGAGGAAGUUGUACCCCGAGUUUGGCAACCUCUAUCCCGAGGGUAGUUUGAUGCUUUCUCGUGCUGAGGAUGUCGAGGGUGUGGCCUUGGCUGUUAGUGCCGUCGCUGAUUACAAGAACUUCUUCGACGCCGUGGGUCUGAGCCAAGGUGGCGGCGGCCUUGGUGGCAUGGGCGGAGGCCCUGCCGACGGCAAGAGCCUUGAAGAUCUCUUCUACCAGAAGGAGAUGGAGAUGUCGAAGGUUUUGUUCACCCGACAGUUCACGCCCGCGGUGGUAUAUGGGUGGAUGAAGCUGAAGGAGCAGGAAAUCCGGAAUGUCACCUGGAUCUCGGAGUGCAUUGCCCAGAACCAGAAGGAGCGGAUUGGCAACUUCAUCUCCGUCUUCUAG